UUCGUUUUGGCAUUAUAGAAUGACGUCAUCCUGCGCCACUCUAUAAUAUCGCUAUUAAACUCUGGGCUGUUUACAAUCGGCUUCCAUUUUAGUUUUCCCCCGCUUCCUUAUAGUUCUGUGAUUGGUUCAAUCCCAAACCGCUCCCUAUACUCUAGUGCACUGAGUAGGGAGUAACCGCCAUGACAUCACAGUUUAAGUAGUGCGCUGUCAGAGAGAGUGAGGAAGUAUUUGGGAUCGAGCCGGGGAUUUCAGCACCACAGCGGUUUUCUUCAGCAUCCACACCAGAGGAAGAAGCACGAGCUCGGUAUGAAGCUGCUUGUAGCUCCGCCCAGUUAGUGGGCGGGAAGUGGAGGUGGAAGUGGCGUGAACGUCCUCGCUGGUCGGAGAUGAAGUGAUCUCUCGGUAUUAUGGACCAUGCUGAGUCUCAAAUCGAUUCAUCCCGCUCGCUGGAGGAGGAAGAAGCUCCUGUGGUGGGAAACCAUGCUGAGUGUUCGGGUAAUCAGACGUUCCAUGCGUUGUUGAGUGAGGACACGGAGGACACGGAGGACACGGAGGGGCAGAGACCCGGACACCCGAUAGACGCCUCCACCAACACGGAGCCAAAGCGACGAUGCUGUGGGUGGCUGAGGAGGCGGUGCCCGUGUCCCCCCCGCGGCCUGCUGGCAUCACUUAUCACCAAAGCAUCCAUGGCCGCGGUGUUAUUCGGAGUGGUUUGGUCCAUCACUGAGGACGAGUGUCUCCCCGGAGGAAACCUGUUCGGCAUCGUCAUCGUGUUUAUCUGCUCUCUGAUUGGAGGAAAGCUUGUGGGAUUAGUCCGUCUGCCCCGCCUCCCGCCCCUCCCCCCUCUCCUGGGUAUGUUGUUAGCAGGUGUCCUCCUCAGGAACAUCCCCGUGGUAACGGAGGCGGUGUACAUCGACUUCAGAUGGUCCGCGUCUCUGAGAAACGGCGCCCUGGCUGUCAUUCUGACCCGAGCUGGCCUGGGAUUGGACGCUUCGGCGCUGAGGAAGCUGAAGGCGGUGUGUGUCCGUGUGGCUGCGGGUCCGUGUCUCAUCGAAAGCUCGACCGUGGCUCUGCUGUCUCACUUCCUCAUGGGACUUCCCUGGAUCUGGGGCUUCAUACUGGGGUUCGUUCUGGGUGCCGUGUCUCCUGCUGUGGUGGUUCCCUCCAUGCUGCUACUGCAGAAGGACGGGUACGGGGCGGAGCAGGGCGUGCCCACGCUCUUAAUGGCCGCCGGAAGCUUCGACGAUGUCCUGGCCAUCACAGGGUUCACCACCUGCCUCGGCAUCGCCUUCGCCACCGGCUCUACCUGGUUCAACAUCCUCCGAGGGUUUUUAGAGGUUUUAGGGGGUGUGGUUGCGGGCGUGGCUCUCGGGUUCUUCCUUCGUUAUUUUCCCAGUGAAGACCAGAAAGGUCUGGUGCUGAAGCGUUCCUUCCUGCUGCUCGGUCUCGGUGUGUUUGCUGUGUUCGGCUCUAACGUGGCCGGAUUCCCCGGGUCUGGAGGACUCUGUACGCUCGUCCUCGCGUUCCUCGCUGGAACCGGCUGGGAAAAUAAAGCUUCUGUAGAGGAGGUUGUAGGUAAGGUAUGGGAUGUGUUUCAGCCUCUGUUGUUUGGACUGAUUGGAGCUGAAAUCCGGGUCGGUGCUCUAGAGCCUAUCACAGUGGCUCUGGGUCUGGCCACUCUCAGCAUUGCCCUGAGUGUGAGGAUCUUCUUCACCUUCCUCAUGGUGCUCUGCGCUGGAUUUGAUUUGAAAGAGAAGAUCUUCAUCGCUCUGGCCUGGAUGCCUAAAGCCACUGUUCAGGCUGCGAUUGGCUCGACGGCUCUGGACACGGCGCGUGUGAAGCAGGAUGAGGAGUGUCAGCGUUUUGGUAUGGACGUGCUGAGCGUGGCCGUUCUCUCCAUCCUCAUCACUGCUCCACUCGGAGCGCUGCUCAUCGGCCUGUGUGGACCACGCCUACUGAGGAGACCCAAGAACCCCGAGUGGGCUGUAAGUCAGGGUACUCUGUCACCAUCAGAUGCCCGGGUCACCUACGAGAGUGCAAUCUGAUACUUGUGGAACUUUCCAGAACAGGCAGUCAGAAGAUCAGUACCUCAAACUCUGGCUUUGUGACUCCCCUGUGACUCUUCUACAACUCUACGACUCUCCUGUAACUCUAUUUUGUCUCCUCUUUGACUCCCCUGUGACUCCUUUAUGACUCUCCUGUGAUUCUACUGUAACUCUAUUUUGUCUCCUCUGUCUCUCCUCUGCGACUACUUUGUUUUUUUUUCCUCUUUUUUUUAAAAGAAUUUUGACCAUAGAAUUUUGCAGGUUUGUUAUGUGUACACAUUGCUCUUGAUUAUUUUAAGGCCUUUAUUUUACAUUUAUAUUUCUAAAGAGACGACUGAAAGUGGGAAAUAUAGACAAACACAAUUUCUAUUUACGUGAUUGUUGUAAUUAAAAAAAAGGGAUUAUCUGUUUUAAAGAUAAAACAGCAUCAUGCUGGAAUUAUGCCAUUUUUCUCACCACAAUAAAUCAGUGUGUAUUUUAUAAAAUAGAAUUAAAUUAUAUUAAAUGAAAUGUUAAUCAGUUUUUCUCAGGUCAUCGUGCUCCUUGCGCUCUUACGGCUCCAUCAGUACUGAAAACUUUAUUUAUUUCUUUUCUCCUGUUUCACUGCUGGAAUGAACACACGGUUGCUUUUUCAUUGAUUCUGAUAUAUUUUUCAUGGAUUUUUUGUAUUUAUUACUAACAGUAUAUUGUAUAGACAUUGCAGCGUGUUACCUCAAUAUUGUACAAAUGGGAUCAUACAGAUGAAUCAUACAGGGAUAUUUUCAUGACUCUGGUCAGUAAUGACUCGGUGUAUCCAUUAAAGGAUUCCUUGAUUAUUA